CAACAGUAAAAAUGGACGACACGACGACAUCAGUUAAAUAGGUUGUGUGUUCGAAAAGUGUAAUAGUGUCGGCUUUUGCGUAUUUUCGGUCGAAUUAUGGUCGAUAGAAACGAGAAGGUGCUGCUGGAGUUGCUAAAAGUGCCCGGGAACAAUUCUUGUGCGGACUGCGGCAGCAAAAAUCCAGAAUGGGCUUCGUACAACCUCGGCAUCUUCAUCUGCACCCGGUGCUCAGGCGUCCACAGGAGCAUGGGCGUCCACAUAAGCAAAGUAAAACACCUGAAACUCGACCGUUGGGAAGACUCCCAAGUGGAACGAAUGAAGGAAGUAGGCAACAUUAAAUCAAAACUGAAAUACGAGGAACGUGUACCUCCCUGCUACAGACGCCCGAAAGAAAACGAUCCGCAAAUCCUCAUCGAGCAGUGGAUCCGCGCUAAAUACCAAAGAGAGGAGUUCUGCCACCCCCAGCGCCAGACCUACAUCAGCGGCUACAUGGAGGGCUUCCUCAUGAAACGCGGCAAAGAGGACAGCAAGUACCACUCCCGCAAGUUCGUAUUAUCCGAGGCCGAGAACACCCUCAAGUACUUCGUCCGCGAGAACAAGUACCCGAAGGCCGUCCUCGAGGUGUCCGAACUCAACGUGGUGUUCGCCCCCGAGAAGAUGGAGUACGCCACGUCCCUGCAGCUCACGUUCCUCAAGUACGGCACCACCCGCCACAUCUACGUGUACCACGAGGACGGCGAGGUCAUCACCAACUGGUACAUGGCGAUCCGGUGCGCCAAGCUGCACCGCCUCCAGGUGGCGUACCCGUCGGCGAACGAGGCCGACCUGCUCGGCUUCCUCACCGAGGACUUCGCCAAGGAGGGCUGGCUGUGGAAGACGGGCCCGCGCACGAGCGACGGCUUCAAGAAGCGCUGGUUCACGCUGGACAACCGCAAGCUGAUGUACCACGACGAGCCGCUGGACGCGCACCCGAAGGGCGAGAUCUUCUUGGGGCACGCGCUGGACGGAUACAGCAUUCGAAUAGGGGUGUCGGCGGGGGUGAAGGACCAGGGGUUCUCGUUCGCGCUCACGACGCCCGACAGGGUGUACAACUUAUCUGCUCAGACUGAGUCCGAGAGGGACGACUGGAUCGAGGUCAUCGAGAGAGUAUUAGAGCGGCCGUUGACGCACCAGGACGCAACAGUGGGCGCUCGGCUGGUCCGGAAGAGGGCGAACACGAACUCGAUAAGCCGAUUCUCCCCGAGGUAGUCAUUACAUAUCAAAUACAUAUAACUUUCAUUCAUCAUCACCAUGCCUAGUCCUGUAUUUAUUAUACAAUACAAACAUUUAUCCAUUCGUCAUUCAUUAAUACUCAUCUCAAAGUACAGGUAACUAUUUUAUAUUACGACGUGAAGUGAAGUGAAAGUAAUUUGUAUAUAAAUAAAAGAACACUGUCUUGAACAAUGUAGUAUCUGAAAGCUCUCUCUGGAAAAGCAGACGAUGAUCUCAAGUUUCUUUAAACAACUGUCAAGCAAUAACGUUAUCUGUAGUUACUUUGUUUAUGAUCUGUACAAGAGUGUCGGGGGAGGCGGCGAUGGUUCGGUGCACCCUCAUCUUCGUAAUAUUUAUAUAUAAUUCCUUUUUAGUAUUUUUUCGGUGUCAGAAUGUUUCUUUGUGGUGUAUGUGAGGUUUUUGCGUAGCUGUAACCAUGUCUCACUGCCAUUGUUUUAAUCACGAACCAGACUAGGAAGUCGAGGGGGUCCAGUGCCAUCUCCGCCUUUUGUUGACUAGUUUUAUUUUAUAUUCCAAAAAUUUAAGUUCGGGGAGCGAGGAUCAGCCGCUUUUUUAUUAUUUUAGUUUUUGGGAGAAGAACGCUUUAAUUUCGUGUUAUUUUACAUAGGCACAAUUCCAGCAAUACUUUUAUAUAAAAAUAUAUAAUUUUGCUAGUGUUGGAGUUGUUCGUUUGACUCUUGCUCCUGUACCUUUAUUAUAAGCUAAAUAUUUACAGUGAUAGGUACCAUUGUUUGUAUUACCCAUUUGCCAAAUAUAAGAUAUACACUGCGAAAA